AUGACCAUUUUAGCUACGCCCGCCUUUCUAUGGCGCACCGGCGCGAUUUAUACCUUCAUUGGGAUCGCCACUGGAGCGUUCGGCGCUCAUGGGCUUUCUAAACGCCCCGGUAUCCUCCCGGCACAAAUCGAUUCGUGGAAAACAGCUGCUCACUACGCGGCAAGUUCAUUCAUUUAUCCUGCCUCAACGCCCCAGACUGACUCUGACAUAUGUCACCUGCCCACAGAUAGUCCCUCAAUCGCACUUGGAGCUGCCUUGUUCUCAGGAUCGAUUUAUGCACUGGUUUUGAACCGCGAUAGGUUCAAGUUUUUGGGUCCUGUUACGCCGUUGGGUGGAGUUGCUUUACUGGCUGGGUAUGCUGCGUUGGCAUUUUGA